GCUUCUCUAGCCGGGGGCCUGGGGGCACAGACCCAAUGAUACGCUACGGCUCGGGGCAUGGGGUUUGACCUCCUGAUCAGCGAUCAGGCUGUCAGCCUGCCAGCCCCCAAAUCUCCUGAAAGGCAACCGAAACCACUAUGCGACGAACGCCUGAGGACUUCCGCCUUCAUCUUCUUGUCGCCGCCUUCAGUAUGCUGUCGACGGCUUCAAUAUCCUGGUUGGUAUCCUGAAACAACUCCAUUAAGACUGGUGCAACAUGAGCAUUUGGUUCAGUUCGAAUCGCGAUGAACCCGCCUCUGCGCCGGCACGCAUCAACACUGCACAAACAUGGCCUCAGACUCCCAUGAGCCCUACUACAACUGCAAAGCCACGAGAUCCAAAUGCUCCAGACUAUCGUUAUCAAGUCAACCAAAAAUGCAUCUACGAACGUCGACUACCCGGCGGUUCGUACAUCACUGCCCACGUUCAGCGUCUUCAAUCUGGAUACUACGAUAGCCCUGUCAUCCACGAGGACAAAAUUGACAAUGUCCGCUUUGUGGCCAUCAACUUUGUCUUCCAUCCGAGCAGCAGCACUUUCCGUUUCAAGUCGGCAGAGAUCAAUAUCGCCCUUCACCAUACCCGGGAGGACAACAUGAGUCCGCUUGAGAUCGUGACCGGCCCCAAACGAAAUGUGAGCCAUGAUCACGGCACGCAGACCAAUGCUAUGUCAGACUCGCUUAUCCAAAAUACAAAUCGUAAAGCUCCCAAACCGUCACGUCCGAAGUUCCUGCGCCAUGCACCUCACCUCCUAUACGGUGCUAUCUCACCCGAAACUUUGGACUGGAACUUCAAUCUUGCCGGAUCUCUAGGGGUGUCACAAGCUCCCGUAAGCGCAAGUCUCAAGCCUUCGUAUGGUGUCAAGAGCAGCUACAAGAUUUACGACAUGAUGAAGAUUCAAGGCUCGGUUCGUACCCUUCGAUCGUGGUAUGGUCACGAUUAUGAUAUCGAAGAUGGGGAAAUGGUCUGGACUCUCGAAGAAAAUAGGCUGCAGAAAUCGGGUCUGCCAAGGGAGUUCACCUUCGUCAUGUUAAUCACCAAAGGCAGUGGUAGCAUCGAACAAUGGGGAGAUGUCAAGCUGGAGAUCGACAUAAAACCUAAGGUGGCCGGCAGAUUUGGAGCUAGCUAUCCCAGUGUGAUCGCCAAUUUACACCAAUAUCGACCUUUCAAAUCCGGACUGUUGGAUCUUGACCAAGAGAUCGGCCAAGUUUUUGAGCCGCAACCCAAGGGGAAAGGCUUCAAUUUUUCGAACAUCGCCAGCUCGUUUGACGAUUUUGUUUAUCUGCCUGGGACGACGUACUCAACAUCUGAUAGCGGUCUAGCCCAGGCUCAGGCCGCUGGUGCCGCUCCUCAGCAGCAAGGGCCUCAACAACAGUCUCUGCAGAAAGCGCCAACUCAGAGUAGUCAGAAAGGCCAAUCAGCCCUGCCGUCCGGCGAAACGACGUUGAAUCUACGCGUUUUCCUCGAAAGCUCUAGAGGUAGCCCUGUCCCAUUUCCGACCCAGGCACUGCCAUACUUCAAUCUCAGACCCCCUUCUCGGAGUCCGUCCCCACUCCCUGCUUCCGUUGGUGGCUCAGGCAACUCGACUCGUCGAACAAUUACCAUAACGUCGCGGAACUCGGUACGCAAACAGCCCUCUCGCUCAGGGCUUUCAAAAGAGUACAUCUCUCCACAAGCUGGCACGCAUGCACAGCCGCAAUCACUGCAAGAUCAAGGCACGCAAAGACAGAGAGCCACUCCGGCCGCAACUCGACCUUUCUCUUACCAGGAGGACGAUCGCAGUCAUGACUACAGCGCUCAGAUGAAUAACAACCACGCAUCGCAGGAUAGUCGACAGUCUGAAGCAGUCGGCAUUUCGACUUCCCGGUAUUCGACGCCGUUAACGCAGAGCGAUCAACACGUCAGGCCACUAACACAAUCCCAUCAGGACUAUUGGCCCACAGAUGCCGAAGGCGAUAACUACACAGGCACUGAUCCCCAACGACUUUCCAGUCUGGGUGCUAUUGCCACCGCGGUGUCCCCGUAAUUACAGAGAUGGGACGGGUUACCCAGUGACCACUGGAGACUCCCAAUUUCCGACCAUACAGAAGUUCGCGGUCCUUGCAAAAGCCACCAAGUUGAUGAAACGCUGGCCUAAGGACGAGGUCGUUCCGAAUAAUGGAUGAGGAAUGUACUAUAUAU